AGUCCAUUUAUAUUUCCCACACUUACUAGAUCCAAAAACCAUCUCCAAAUUUUUCUUUCUUCUCACUCUCACCAAUAUUUCAAAUCAAACAAAAAUGUUCAACUCCACUUGUGAGAAAAGUGUUCUUCAAAUCAAACAAGAUGACAAGUUUUUCUCUAGGCUACUUUCAAAGGAAAAUUCCAUCUCUAACCCAUCUUUUAGAGUUUCUGUUGCAGUUCCAUUUGUUUGGGAAUCUCAACCCGGAACUCCAAAACACACAUUCUCUAAAGACACAAUUCCCCCUCUCACACCUCCACCUUCUUAUUUCAACAAUGCAAACAAAAAGAAUGAGAAAAAACACUCUAAAUCAUCCAAACUCUUUUCGGCAUUUCUUCAAAAAAUAAGCUUCAAGAAAAUCAAUUGGUCAUCGUCUCCCUCGUCGUCGCCUUCUUCAUUGUCAACGGAUUCUGCCAAAAUUACGUCCGCGACCACGAGGGUGAGUAGGAGGAGAUUCUUAAGCGGUGGAUCGUCUUUUGAUUUUAGGGGUGUAAGUGAAGAUGAUGGCAAUGGUUCACCGGUUUCUACUUUGUGUUUUGGAAUUCAUCGUUCGGCUAGCUCGAACAGUGGCUUCCAAAAUAUCUACAAGAGGCGCGUAAGGUAAACAAGAUUUGUUGUUGUGUAGUUUCCGCACUGGAAAAUGAAAGCAUGUUCAAUAUUCGAUGUAAGUUAAAAUGUGACACCAACAUGUUUAGUGUCUGUAUUGUGUCUGGUAUCUGUACGAAAGAUGUACGAAAGAUAUAGUUUAAUCUUAGUUCUGAGUUGAACAAAAGAUUUUUGCUAUAGGUUUUCUUCAUGUUUAUAAGGAAAUAAAAAUUUUAAAAAAGUUUGAACCAUCAAGAAGAUAAAAAUCUGAAAAAUGAAGUAGGUCUUUAAUUUUGUUGCUAUGUCUUAGAGACACAAAAUUUGAGAUCAAUUGUAUAAAUUUGGUAUGUAAUUUUUGCUUGUAAUUCAAUUUUUUUUAGUUCUGUUAUUUUUCUAUGUUAGAUUUGGUUCUGAUUUUGCUCCUCUCAAAAACAAGCUUAUUUCUAAGGUAUAAGUGAAUCGUCUAUUAUUUUGUAAUUAGGAUGUCAUGUGCUAGGAGAGAGUAUUGCCCAACCUCUUGUUGUUAUUGCAGCUGUGAUCAUGCGAAAUAGAUUGAGAGAGCUUUUAGUAGUAAAAAAGUUUGUUUUUGCUAUUUCUCAAAUGCUGAAUUUAAGAUGAAUUUUAUGUUUUUUUAUUGUGCAUUCAACUUUUUGUUAUUUUUUUACAAGCCAACUUCUUGUUAUUAUUUAGAGUCUAUUUAUAGGAGAAAUUCACACAUGUCAAGUGUUCAGAGUAGGAUUUUAUCUUAGUAGGGUAAAUUACAGUUCAAUCUCCGCAAUUGUGAUUGGAAGGAGGUUAAAACUAUUUGAUGCCAGAACUAAUUUCGGAAUCGGAUUAGUCGGUCCAGUAUGCCAAGAUAUUGGUGGUAAAACAAAAAAAAAUUACAUGUUCGGCCGCAUUAAAAUUGCA